CACCAAAUUAAAAACUUGGUCGCCGGACCCGCGCGCACGUAAUUUACAGCUUUUCAAAUAAUAAUAUUAAAAAAAAUAUCCCGCAUCCGGAAAUAAAUUGUCCGUUUUCCGCACAUUUUCGACUCUUACUUUUGGUUUUAUUUUUUAAGUCACGUUUGCGCUUGAAAUUAAGGGCUUUAAAACCGUACGUGUCCACAUCUAAACUACAUUGAAUGUAUCAUAAAUUUACCGCGUGGUUGUCAAAUUGACUGCAUUGCGAGAAUAUUACAGAUUCUUACAAGAAUGCCUGUGCUCGUGGUAAGAAUAAGUGACCAGGAUGGGGCGGAUAUACUUUCAAACACCGCCACGAAUUUUACAGGGGGUACAUUCUCCGAAUUGUUCGAGAAAUGUGUUCAUUCCAAAAACAUCACUUUAUCUACGGAUUCGAUCGUGGAGAUACGACUACGAGAAGACAGACAAGCCCAGUUCAUGCUCGCAGACAAUGCUGAUAUGGAUGUUUCAGAAAUAGCUGCUACACUCGGGUGUAAGUUUGUGCAAUUUAUUAUUACUCGGACACUUGCUUUAACUAGUUCCAAUUCAUGUCAUGAACAUAACCCUGCACCUGCAUCAUGUAGCGGCACUAAAAACGCUUUUGCUUUACUAAUGCACAGUAGCUCAAGUAUCAUAUUACCUCCUAAACCGAAACCUGAAGGUGAAAAGAAAUUAUCUGGUCCUCAAAGACUUCAGUGUGAUCUAAUUGAUUGGAUGGAAUCCAAGGGAUAUGGGUGGACACAAAAUUCUAUUGAUACUGCUGAAUAUGUUAUCAAGACUUUGAGAAAUUCGUUAUGGUAUGUAGAUCAUGCUCAUGCCAAACUUAAGGAAAGUGGAUGCCCAAUACCCAAAUGCUUUAGUUCAUUUCAUGGCUACAAUGAAUUUAAGAAGCUGCAUCAUAGAAUACCACUUAUUAAAUCUGAAAGACUGAAUGAGCUCUCAAUGGAUCUGACCAAAGCCUUGUCAUUUCCAUCAAUGUCCUCUUCUAGAAACAAACAACUCUCAUCUGAUUUGGAAUUGCUUCUUGCCACUCUGACCAAAUAUAAAGCCAGACUAGACAAAGAUAAUGCUCGUCAUAAGACUUAUUCUAACAAAUCUAGUUCUCCUUCACGCUCACUAGAGUCGGACACGACCUUAAAAUACAUUCCACCAAAACCUGAAAAUGAGAGCUGCAAUCUGAACAUUUACAUGCAUCUGCAAAAAGAUAUAAGUAGUGUUGAAUGUUUUCGGUUUAUUGAUCUCGAUACUUACACCCCUGAGAAUAGACUUAAACGAAGAAAGUAUAUUUCAAAUUUGGAAUUAGAUGUUCCAGUGAUGCUUUAUAGAAUGGCAUAUGGUGGUUCGAUAGGUACCUUGAACUUUAUUUGGAAAGUACCAGGAGAUGGAGCAGACAAUGUGGAGGUUUCUGAGAAAAAUAUGAAAAUUGUUAACAAAAUAAACAAAUCUCUACCAAAGUUUUCCACUAGGUCCAUGAGAAAGGAUUUCAUAAAUCGUUAUUAUAAAAAUGUGAAAGCUCCAAAAUCCUUGCUUCGAAACAUUUUCUUCGAACUUACUGGAUGUGAGUCUACUUGGGAAUCAAGUGAACAAGGAGAAAUUGAUGAUCGUGUAGCAUCGAUAUUACUUGAUGGUGAUGACCCUUCCAUUCUUCUUGAUUACAGAUCUUUAAAUGGGAAGGAUGUCGAUUCCAAAUUUGGUGUUUUCUUUGAAGAAAUGGGUAAAUACUUUGAUGAACAGCUCUUACAUGUUAACGAAAGACGGCACGGGGAAGAACUUUACUUGCCAAUGGCAAUAUCCAUUGAGGAAUUAAGAGAUCAAAUUUCAAAGAGAGUACCUGAUGGCACACCAAUUCCGUGCAGUGAAACAGUACGCUUACAAUUUCAACCAAACAGUACAUUUCAAAAAACUGCUUUAAAGUAUUCUGGCAGGUUUAAUGUGAAAUUUCGAGUGCAAACACGUCUUGCAAGAGUUAACCAUGUUGACGCAAGGUAUGUCGCUACAUCAUUUAGAUAUUUGAAGGAGUUUUGCGUUUCAAAUCGUGAAAAUGUGACAUUUGUAUGCUUAGAUGAUAAGGCUAUCAUACCAGUUGGAGAACCUGGAAUACCUAUCAGUACAGGAGUAAGGGGACAUAACAAAGUUUUGACUCCCUCCGAUGGUCCAAAACUUGUAUGCACUGACCAUGAUUUCCAUGUUGCAGGUAUUGUGCCAUCUGUUACUUUUGUCUCUAGGAUACCACGGCACAGUAAUGACAGCUUUUUUAAUGGGAAAAUUUAUGUUACUACCAAAGACAAGGUUUUCCAACCAUCCACACCAUAUCGACAUGCAACAGAGCUCACCAGGAUUUUACGCGAACAUAAUUCUGAUGACAAUAUUAAUCUAAACACCCCAGUAUUGUGUUUGAUGACGGAUGGUGGGCCAGAUCACAGAGUGACUUUUGAAACGGUCAAACUAUCCCUUGUUCAGUUGUUCAUUCAACUUGAUCUUGACAUGUUGAUUGCUUUAAGAACUGCACCUAACCACAGCUGGAUGAAUCCCGCAGAACGUUGUAUGUCAGUUUUGAAUUUAGCAUUGCAACAUGUUGCUUUGGCACGAAAAGACAUGGAUCCUGUGUUUGAAAAUUCCGUCAAACACAAAUCUACCCUAAGUGCUGUGCGUAACUUGGCCAACAUCAAGACUGGUUUCAGAGAGGCUUUUGCUGAAUCUGUUGGAAGUGUUGUUGAACUUGUUAACGCUCGAUUCAAAAGAAUGAAACUCAAAAAUGAAUAUUUAGAAGCAUACACAGGCAUUCCAGAUGAAGAAAUUCAAGCAUCUCUUGAUGUUGUCUGUCGGGUCCUCAAUUCUGAUCUCACUGUUGAUAUGUCAACUGCAGAGUUGCGCAAAAUGAAAAACUUACAGACCUUCCUGUCAGAUCAUGGGAGCAGUUCUCAUUACAUGUUCCAGUUAAAAAAGUGCAGCAGUUGUGCAUACUGCACGGUCAUCAACCCCCCAAGGCUUCCAGAUGAUGAGUUCCAGAGUUUACACUUUCUGCCCAACCCCGUCGCUGGAGAAGAUGGUCAAUAUCUUUCUUUUCAAGAGAUGUAUGGACAGGAAACAGGGGAUGAACAUAGACCAAGUGCCCAAGUACGCGAUGAUCCUGCCAGUGUAAAUGAUCGAAUCAACCGGGAGAUAUUCAAGACCCAGAAGGUCCGGGACGUAAUUGUCUGUGGAGAGUGUUCCAAGCCAAGAUGUGUUUACAGUGAUAAAAAGCUAACCCGUGAACAAGAGGAGCUGCUGCUGCGUUUGAAAGAGGAACAUCUGUACACAUGUGGCGACUCAUUAGUUCCAGAAGAUGUAGAAGAUCCAGGCAUGGUUGUUCGAGAGGCAGUGAACUGUUUGACUGAAGUGGAGACAAGUUACUUCUCUACAUCGUUGAAACAUUACUUACCACCAGUGUGUGUUCACUGUGGAAAAGUUGACAAUCUGUUGGAUGACACAGACCCUUAUAUAUCUGCUCUUUAUGAGAAAUAUUCUGUUGUGCGACCUUUGUGUGAAUAUUGUAAAAACACUGGUAAAGAUGCCAGAACUUGGGGGAAAAAGUUUCUCCCCAAGAAGUGUAAAAGAUAGACAAUAAACUUGUGUUUCAGGAUGAUGCAUUUAAACUUUGGGGCAAAAGUGACUUUUUUGCCAAAAAUGACUUUUUUGCAAUAAAAUGUUAUCGCUCGCCUCUA